ACGGUCCUUCUUGUACUUCUAUCUCCUUCAAGGAGACGAGGAGAGAGAGAGAGAGAAACCGCCAUCCUUGUUAGUUCCUACACGCGAGUCCAUCCGAAGACCAAGCAAGUCGUCACCUUCAACCAAUCUCCACCCGUCGUCACCAUGGCGCGAUCUAGCUUGGCGGCUAUGGCAUUGAUUGCCGUUGUUAUGGUUUUGUCCUGUCAGUGGCUUUGCCUUCAGGCGGCUGCGGGUAAGAUUGAAGACGCGCAGGUAACUGCAACUGGCGACGAUUCUGAGAAUGCUGACGACCCGGACACGGCGGGCGCCUGCCCAGUGGAGUUCGAGCCCGAGACCUUUGCAACUGUGAAUGCGCUGUGUGGCGUCGGAAGCAGCGGUCUGUGCUGCGAGGCAGUCAGGAACAUAGCGAUGGACUCGAUGACCUACGGCCAGCAGUGCUUGAGCGUUAUGUACAAAGCCUUCGACGCGUACAGCACUGUGAAUUCAGACCUGGUCUCUGGCUGCCUGAACGCCAAGGAGGGAAGAGGUGCUCUCGAGUUUAUCAACGCCGCGGCCGCAGUUGGACAAGGUUUCGAUAUGGAGGAAGAUGAUACCCCGGCGGCGCUCAUGGGAGCACACAAUUGAGUUGUCCUUGCGAUGGUGAAGAAUGCGGAAGCGCCGCAUGAGACG